UUUAGAUCCCACAACCGCAGCCGGGGGAGCGGACUGGACCGGCCGCUUCAUGGUCAUGGUGGGCUACAGCAUCUGUUUUGAGGACUGUACGUCAGAACACACCAUCCUGAAGUACAUGACUGAUGGCAUGUUACUCAGAGAGUUUCUUACAGAGCCCGACCUCGCCAGCUACAGUGUGAUCAUCAUCGAUGAGGCCCACGAGCGAACGUUACACACAGACAUCCUCUUCGGUCUAAUCAAAGACGUUGCACGUUUCCGCCCUGACCUGAAGGUUCUGGUGGCCAGCGCCACUCUGGACACAGAGCUCUUCUCUUGCUUCUUUGACGAUGCACCCGUAUUUAGGAUUCCAGGUCGUAGGUUUCCUGUGGAUAUUUACUACACAAAGGCUCCGGAGGCUGACUGCCUAGAAGCAUGUGUUGUGUCAGUGCUACAGAUCCAUGUCACUCAGCCGGCUGGAGACGUACUGGUCUUCCUCACUGGACAGGAGGAGAUUGAGGCGUGCUGUGAACUUCUACAGGAGAGAUGUAGGAGACUGGGCUCGAAGAUAUCUGAAUUUGUUGUUCUGCCCAUCUAUGCCAACUUGCCCUCGGACAUGCAGGCCAAGAUCUUCAAUCCCACUCCGCCUGGAGCCGCAAAAACCAAACAAACUGAUGCUAAAUCUUAUGUUGUGGUGGCCACAAAUAUCGCAGAGACGUCUCUCACAAUCAAUGGCAUCAUCUAUGUGAUUGAUCCAGGUUUCUGCAAACAAAAGAGCUACAAUGCAAGGACAGGAAUGGAAUCUCUCAUUGUCACUCCCUGUUCACCAUGCUCUGAGGAGAUUCUGACCAUCGCGGCCAUGCUGUCAGUGAACAACUCCAUCUUCUACCGGCCCAAGGACAAAGUGGUUCAUGCCGACAACGCUCGAAUGAACUUUGUGGUACCAGGAGGAGAUCACAUUGUGCUGCUCAAUGUAUAUACACAGUGGGUAGAGAGUGGUUACUCCACUCAGUGGUGCUCCGAGAACUUCAUCCAGUUUCGCUCCAUGAAGACGUUGAUGGACAGGAUCGAGGUGGAACUGUGCAGCUGCAACGGUGAAAGUGUGCCCAUUCACAAGGCGGUGACUGCAGGAUAUUUCUACAACACGGCAUGCUUGAGCAAAGGGGGUUAUAAAACAGUCAAACACCAGCAGACUGUUUACAUCCAUCACAGCUCACUCUUUGAGGAACAGCCACGUUGGAUGAUCUACCACGAGCUGGUCUUCACCACCAAAGUGUUCAUGAGACAGGUGAUAGAGAUUGAAAGUGGCUGGCUGCUGGAAGUGGCUCCUCAUUAUUAUAAGAACAAAGAACUGGAGGACGGCAGCAGUAAGAAGAUGCCCCGCAAACAAGGCAAAGCCCGUGAAGAGCUGGGCUGAUCCUGAGAUCCGACGAGCAAGAGACUCUUCCAGCCAAUAUUACUACACUGAUUCUGCACAGGAGAUCAGCGAUGUGAGAAACUCCAUCAGUGUUCAUUUGGAAAUGAUCAGACGUUUCCUAUUUUGUAGACUCCUAAUUUUUACGUUUCAGCUAAAGUUGUUUUCAUGUGUUUGAAUGAGGAAAUAUAUUUUUGAUUACAAGUA